AUGGUACCCCCCAAGGGGCCCCCACCGCAGGAAGAGGGGCCCCCAGGGGGCCCCCAGUUUAUCCCUCUAGACCCUGUGAAACCACUAGCGAGGCCCGAGGGGUUUACUGAGAUUCCUGCUGCUUACCCGGGCCAGAAAUUGGGGUGUACGUACACCCCAUGGGGUGACCUUAAGGUACCCCCUGAAGGAAACAAAGGGGCUGCUGCUGAGGGCCCCGAGGGGGCCCCCAAGUUUAUAGACCCUUCUUUUAAGGGGGGGCCCCCCAUACCUGCUGAGCUGCUGGGGCCCCUGACGGGCUGGACCCGUGUGGUGCAUCUGGGGGCCCCCAACCCCCCGAAUGAACGUAUAGAGUAUGAGCCUGCUGCUGUCUGUGCUUCUCUCCCUACUGAACCUGCUGCAGCAGAUACAGCAACUGCAGCAGCAACAUCAGCAACUGCAGCAGCAGCAGCAGCAACAGCAGCAGCUGCUGCAGCUCCCUCUAAGCGAGGAAAAACACAGAAAGCUGCUGCCUCCAGCACCAAGGGCAAAGAGGCCCCCCAGCCAGUACCCCCCGAGGAGCCUUCAUAUAUCCUUAUCAACCGUAAGAGGGCCCCCAUCGUGGGUUCAGUAGAGGGGGCCCCCCAGGGGCCCCCUCUCAAGGCGUUGGGUAACAGCAAGGGGCCCCUAGACACCUUCGCGGGGCCCCCAGGAGUACCCACACCAGGGGGGCCCCCCCCUGUAGGGGGGGGCCUCCAGCAAGAGUUAUAUGCAAACGCCUCUGGGGGCCCCCAUGGGGGCCCCUCUGGGGGCCCCUCUGGGGGCCCCAGUGGAGUGGGUACAGGGGUGGGGGCCCCUGUAGGGGGCCCCCCAGAUGCGGGUAGUGUUGACUCGGGGGCCCCCGUUGAGGGUAGCUGGAGAGUAGUACAAAUAGAUGAUAUUGUACCCUAUGGGGGCCCCCAAGGGGCCCCCGUAUUCCCUCAAUCUAUAGAUACAAGAGAGAUGUGGGGGCCCCUACUAGCCAAAGCUAUUCUUAAAGCUUUCAGGGGGCCCCUUGCUGCUGGGGGGGGGCCCCCACCUAUCAUAGAGGCCCUCACGGGGCGGAGAGAGCUGCUGCUGCCUCUGUCUCCUUCUCUUGUCUCUUUAUACUGUCUCAAGGGCCUCUGGGCCUCUGUUAAACUAAAAACACCUCCUGCUGCUGCUCCUGCUGCUGCUGCUGCUGCUCCUGCUGCUCCGGCUGCUGCUGCUGCUGAUGGUGGUGGUGGUGGUGCUGCUGCUGCUGCUGCUGAUGGUGGUGGUGAUGCUGCUGCUGCUGAUGGUGGUGGUGCUGCUGUUGCUGCUGCGGAAGAGGAAGAGGCAGAAGCAGCAAAAGAGGGUACAGAAGAAGGGGGGCCCCCCCCAACACCCUCGGGGGGCCCCUACGACGAUAUGCUAGGAUGGAGGCCCUUUCUUCUUGCUGCAGCACGAGAAGGAGAAGCAGCAGCAGUUUCUCUAUUAAACAGACAGUCAGUACCCUACGAACAAUUCCUUACUGACUUCAGUGGGGCCCUCCCCCUCAACAGCCCCCAGCAUCCGCUUAAUAAAGAAGAAGAGCAGCAGAGGAGAGCAGCAGCAGCUGCUGCUGCUGCUGCUGCACCCCCACAAAUAACAAGAGAGAAAGAGGGGGGCCCCAUCAUAGUACGGAGGCCCUUCGCUGUGCUGCUGCAGCACCUGCUGGGGGGGGGGGCCCCCCUACCCAUUGAGCUAGACGGGCAGGACCCUGAGGGGCCCCCUGCUGCUGAGGACGAUGAUGUGGGGGCCCCUGCAGCAGAUACGAUGCCCUCAGAGACCCAGCAGCAGGGGGCCCCUGCUGCUGCAGCAGCAGCAACAGCAGCAGCAGCAGCAGCAGCAGCAGCAGCAGAACAAGAAGGGGGAUCUCCACGAGCAAGAGACAGCAGCAACAAUGCUAGUGCUGCAGAGACACCGCGGGCUCAGGCAACGGCCUCAGCUGCUGCUGCUGCUGCUGCUACAGCCACGCGCCGCAGCAGCGUAACACACAUCCAGCUGCCGCAGCAACAGCAACAGCAACAGCAGCAGCAGCAGCAGCAGCAGCAGCAGCAGCAGCAGCAGCAACAGCAGCAGCAGCAGCAGCAGCAGCAGCAGCAGCAACUGCUGCUGCUGCUGCGAGGGCCCCACGUUCUCUGUGUUUAUACCCGAGCAAGCCCUAGAGGAGGCCCCCGCUGCUGCUGCUGCGAGGGCCCCACGUUCUCUGUGUUUAUACCCGAGCAAGCCCUAGAGGAGGCCCCCCUGAGAGACGUGUAUGAGUAUGAGGGGGGCCCCCUGCCUGUGCAGCUGCCGCUGCGGGCCUCUGUCUGUCUCCUUAACAUACCGAAGCGGCGUUUGUUCUCCGCUUCAGCAGCAGCAGCAACAACAACAGCAGCAGCAGCAGCAACAGCUCCUGCUGCUGCUGCUGCUGCUGUUGCUGCAGAGACAGAAGACACAGCAGCAGCAGCAGCAGCAGCAGCAAACAAACGACGCACAGCCAACUACUUCAGACCCCAUGCUGUAAUUUUGUCGCUGCAGGGAACGCCGCUGCUGCUGGAGGGGCCCCCAGGAGACAGUCAGCAGGGGCCCCCCAGCAGGGAGACAGGGGGGGCCCCCACUGCCGGCGAGGACGCCAACGCCCAGCAGCAGCAGCAGCAGCAGCAGCAGCAAGAGCAGCAGCAGCAGCAGCAGCAGCAGCAGCAGCAGCAGGCAGCAGCAGCAGCAGCAGCAGCAGCAAGAGCAGCAGCAGCAGCAGCAGCAGCAGCAGCAGCAGCAGGAGACAGCUUGUCAUCUCCUUAA